UUCUGGGUGCGCUGCUCCAGAUACCUGUCAACCCACAAGUCCAACCUGAGCCAAACACCUGUGAACGCCGAGCCCGCAGCCGCCUGGUAAAGAUAGCCGGGGGGGGGGGAGGAGGAGAAGGAGAAUCACCGGUUUAACUUCGCAGGAGGCUGAGCCGCGAACGGCCUUUAAAAACGGGAGUGUGCGCGUGGAUGUCUGCCGCGAGCCAGUAGAGUUCACUGAACCGUCGCGAAAAGACGUUUCCGCCCACAAGCAAGAUGGCGGCUCCCUUGCUGGAGAAUCUGUCGGAGUCCUUAGGUUCCCCGGAGCCAGCGGUUCGACUACUUCUAUCUAUUUUAAUCGGGUAUCCCUGUGCUCUGGUGUACCGGCGCUUCUUGUUCUACCAGCCUGCCACAGUUAUACACCUGUUCAACACUUUCUCUGGACUGGCUCUGGCAGCAUUCAACUUUGCAGGCUCUCAGAUCUAUCACUCUGCAGUAUGCGUCCUUGUCCAGUUCCUGAUGCUGAGGCUCAUGGGAAGGACAGUAACGACUGUACUGAGCAGCUUUACCUUUCAAGUGGUAUACCUGCUGGCAGGAUAUUACUUCACGGCGACGGGGGAGUAUGACAUCAAGUGGACCAUGCCUCAUUGUGUCCUCACACUCAAACUUGUCGGUUUGUCAUUUGAUUACUAUGACGGCGGGAAGGAACCAUCUCAGCUGAGCCCAGAGCAGAGGAUUGCAGCCCUGCCGUCUGUGCCCUCCCUGCUGGAGAUGUGCGGCUUUUCCUACUUCUAUGGAGGCUUCCUAGUGGGGCCCCAGUUCACACUGCGCAGCUACCAGAAGCUGGUGGCAGGGGAGCUCAGCGACUGCCCCGGAAAGCCUCCGAACAGUAUCGUACCGGCUAUGAAGAGGUUCGCUCUGGGGUUUCUCUGCCUGGUGAUAUAUGCAAUAUUUAGUCCCUAUUACGCAGACAGCUACUUCCUAACGGAUGAGUAUGAUGCUCAGCCCUUCUGGUAUCGCUGUGUGUUCAUGCUGAUUUGGGCUAAAGUCAUCCUCUAUAAAUAUGUCAGCUGUUGGGUCAUAGCGGAAGGUGUAUGUAUAUUAUCUGGACUAGGCUACAAUGGCGUAGUGGAUGGAGAGCACAGGUGGAACGCCUGUGCCAAUAUGAAGCUGUGGCUCUUUGAAACCACGCCACUCUUUGGAGGAACCAUCUCGUCCUUCAACAUCAACACGAAUGCCUGGGUGUCCAGACAUGUCUUCAAACGGUUGAAGUUCCUGGGCAAUAAGUCGCUGUCUCACGUGGCCACACUCGUCUUUCUGACUUUUUGGCACGGUCUUCACUCCGGAUACAUCCUCUGCUUCUCCAUGGAGUUCUUCAUCAUCACUGUAGAGAGACAGGCUCUGGCUCUAGUGAGGGACAGCCCCUUGCUGUCAAAGUUGGCCAACAGUUCACUCUACCCCCUCAUCUACGGCGUCCAGCAGUUUCUCCAUUGGCUCUUCAUGGGCUACCCCCUCGUGCCAUUCUGCCUCUUCACCUAUGACAAAUGGCUGAAGGUGUAUUCGUCCAUCUAUUUCUGUGGUCACGUAUUCUUCCUCAUAGCCUUUUUAACCAUGCCAUACAUCCGUAAGGUGCUGGUGCCUAAGAAAGAACGGAGUGAGACGAAGCAGGAUUAAACCGUGGUACUAGAGCUUGGCAUGGUCCAUCUAAGGCUAAAUAUUCACUGAAGGGAACUGACUUUCAAGGAACAGAAUGGAAAAUAUUUUAAGGCCUUUAGUAAUAUAUAUGUCCAUGUAAAAAUAAAUUUCUAUAUUUUUUUUUGUGUUUUAAAUGGGAAGGGUGUUUUUAUAAACAUUUGGAGAAAUGUUUACAGUAAAUGACCAUCGUGCCACAUGCGGUAAAUGUGAGCUAAUCGGAGGGGGGGGGAAUUGAAGAGACGUUGGACUUGAGAGACUUACAUGCUGUUGACACAGAAUUGCACUCACCAGUCACGGGUUCAGAGUCUGUAAUUGGCUCCGAUGUGUUUUUCUUUUUCAUUUCGCUCAUGUCUACCAGCCGCUAUUAGCAGCAGGCUUCACAGGAGGUUCAAGCACAGCGCCAACGUGUGUGGCACUUUCUUUAAUACAACAAUACUUUCUGCAAAAGAUAGUUUAUGAUAAUAAUGGUGAUGAUCAUUUAUAAUCGGGGGAGUUGUUUCUUGAAAAUGGCUGCCGGUGGUUAUACAAGCACUGUAAAUCACACACUGUACACUAAUCCCCAUCUCAAAAUGGCUUUUAGUAAUGAAUGUUUUUACAGUACAUUUGGGUUUGAUUUUAUAAAGUUUUAACGGCUUUUAUGAAAAAGAACAUUUUGUAGCUUUGGGAUAAAACUUCAAGACAUGGUUUGCAUUGUUCUCCUGCCUUUCCUCAUUUGAUGCGGCCGCUCUCCUCCACGCCAUGUCUCCUCCUCCCUCUGUCUCCUCCACUCCUCUGUCGACUGGAUUCAAGCCCUCAGCUCUUAAAUGCACAGAUGUGAAAGAAGGAGACUUGCGCACUGCCCGACCACAGUCUCAACGGUUGAUCGUUUGGGUUCACCGACACGCUGAUCUCAAAUACUUUUUUCUUUCUUUUUUUUGGAGGAAACUCCUUUCUAACUGGAAGAAAAAGAAACGAUGUGUUUCACUCCUUGCCUGCUCUUCGGUUAAUAACAGCAGGUGAUAUUUAAAAGAAGUGUGAAGUGGAUGCAUCCCAUCCCUCUGUGGGAAUGCCGCUUCAUUUUGUUUAAUUUAAAUAUUUGGGGGGGCUCUGUGUCAUCUGAUCCACAGCAUGCUGGAGGAAGGCCCAGCACUGCUGCUGCUGCUGCUGCUGCCGUCCUCACGCUGACACACAAGGACAGGACAAACCUCACUGUAGCAGCAGCCCAGAUUUUAGUAAUAUUUAUACAUGACAUGGUGAUUAUUAAUUGAUGUAAAUUGUUAUGUUAAGAGACUACUUUUUUGCCUUAUUCCUACCAAAUGUACAAAGUAAAAGAAAACUUGGGAUGGGCUUGGGGUUGGUUGGGAGUGAUUUUCAAAUACAAUUUUAUAAUGUUCAUUAAAAAUGCUGCAUUUCAA